UUAUUUCUAUUUUCAGCGCGGUCCAAGUUUAUAACAACGUAGACAAGAAAUGUCACAUUCACAAAUCAAUCAUACAAAUGAGACAUCGGGAAUGACAGAUGGUGAUAGGUUAAAGUUGGAAGAAUUCCUGAAACAACUUGUUUUCUGGUGGAAAAUUACACUAACCUUCAUCGCCAUACUCAUAGUUCUGGGAAAUAUUUGGGUUUUGAUUGUGACCUGGAAAGAAAGAACACUUCAUCAGCCAAACAAGUAUUUCAUUGCUUGUUUAGCUGUUGCUGAUCUUUUGGUUGGAAUAUUUUUAAUACCUCCAAGCGUGUUGAUUAAAAAGAAUAGUGAUCACACGUCGCCGCAAUCAACUCGAAUUUCUGUUCACCUGUGUCGUUUUAUAGUGUGGAUAGACGCCGUUGCGUUAGCGACAUCCAUCUAUACCUUGACCUUCAUCAGUCUCGAUCGAUAUCUUAAAAUCAGCAAGCCACUUCAGUACAAAUCACGAAUGACAACUUCCAGAUCGCUAAAAGUGAUUCUCGUUAUCGUUCUCGUUGCAAUUUCUCUUGCAACUUACUCAGCUACCCCCAAUUCUGGAAGCUACGGAGUUGUGGACACCGUGUACGGCACUUGCAAUUUUAAGCACGACCCAAAUAAAGUCAAAACAUAUUACGUGUUUUUAGCAUUUAGUGCGUUUUUCAUACCAGCGCUAAUCAUACUGACCUUGUACGCUCUUAUCUUUCGUGUUGCUCACAAACGAAACAAAAUGCUUUCGAAUGGCGGACUGGGUCAAACGUUUAGCGAUCAGAACCAACGAAGUGCUUUACGUCAAGAUAUGAAAGUGAUCAGAAUGCUGUUGGUUGUGGUUGGAGUUUUUAUUUGCUGCUGGGGUCCAUGGUUCUCUUGGAUUUUGGUGUGGUUUUACUCUCGAAAUAUUAUUGAAUGGGAAAACGACUCGUACAAGAACGUGCACCGGAUGAACAUAAUUCACUUGACUUUGCGCACACUGCCACUUUUUAACAGUUUGUGUAAUCCAUUCAUUUAUGCCUGUCUCGACCAAACAUACAGAGAAGCGUCCAAACAUUUGUUUCGCCGAAUGACGUGUCAACCAGACACAAGAGGACGACAAUCAACAAUAGACUUGCACACCUCGCGAAUUUGA